CGGACUUCCUGCUGGGCUCCCCGCCGCGCACCAUGAACACCAUCAAGAACGUGCCCGCCCGGGUGCUGAGUCGCCGGGGCGGCCACAGCCUGGAGGCGGAGCGGGAGCAGUUUGACAAGAUCCAGGCGAUGAGCAUCAGCAAAGCCAUCAAUACCCUGGAAGCACCUUUAAAAGAGAAACACGCCCGCCGAAUAAUUCUGGGGACUCAUCACGAGAAGGGAGCGUUCACGUUCUGGUCCUAUGCGAUCGGCCUCCCGCUGCCCAGCAGCGCCAUCCUCAGCUGGAAGUUCUGCCACGUCCUCCAUAAAGUCCUCCGGGACGGGCAUCCGAACGUUCUGCAAGAUUGCCAGCGGUAUCGAAGUAACAUCCGAGAAACUGGAGACCUCUGGGGCCACCUACACGACCGUUACGGCCAGCUUGUAAAUAUUUAUACCAAACUUCUGCUCACCAAAAUCUCCUUCCACCUCAAGCAUCCCGAAUUCCCCCCAAGCCUCGAAGUGACGGAUGAGGUCCUAGAAAAAGCUGCUGGAACAGAUGUCAAUAACAUCUUCCAGCUCACCGUCGAGUUGUUUGACUACAUGGAUUGUGAACUCAAAUUGUCGGAAUCAGUUUUCAGGCAGCUCAGCACUUCCAUGGCUGUCUCCCAGAUGUCGGCCGUCCAGUGCCGCCUGGCUCCCCUCAUCCAGGUGAUCCAGGACUGCAGCCACCUGUACCACUACACCGUCAAGCUGAUGUUCAAGCUGCACUCCUGUCUGCCAGCCGACACGCUGCAAGGCCAUCGCGACCGGUUCCACGAGCAGUUUCGCAGCCUUAAAAGCUUCUUCAAAAGAGCGUCAGACAUGCUGUAUUUCAAGCGGCUCAUCCAGAUCCCGCGACUGCCCGAGAGUCCCCCCAACUUCCUGCGGGCAUCGGCUCUGGCAGAGCAUGUGAAGCCAGUUGUGGUGAUACCGGAAGAAGCCCCGGAAGACGAGGAACCGGAGAACCUGAUUGAGAUCAGCACAGCCCCGACGGUGGAGCAGCAGAAUGUGUCCGAUAUAUUUGAGCAGACCUUCGGGCCUCCCAACGGUUUACGGGAUGACAGGGAUCUCCAGAUUGAUAACCUGAAGAAGGAGAUUGAUCUGCUUCGGGCGGAGCUAGAGAAAAUCAAGCUUGAGGCCCAGAGGUACAUCACGCAGCUGAAGGCCCAGAUCAAUGGCCUGGAGGCGGAAGUGGAAGAGCAGCGGAAGCAGAAGCAGAAGGCGCUGGUGGACAACGAGCAGCUGCGGGAUGAGCUGGAGAGGCUGCAGAAGGCCAAGCUGGAGGGAGACAGGAGCCGAGGGCUCUACCUGGAAGCAGAAAAGAAGGCCAGCGCCACCGAAAUGCGCUACACCAAGCUGAAGGAGAAGCACAGCGAGCUGAUCAACACCCAUGCCGAGCUCCUGAGGAAGAACGCAGACACGGCCAGGCAGCUGACCGUCACCCAGCAGAGCCAGGAGGAGGUCGCCCGGGUCAAGGAGCAGCUGGCCUUCCAGAUGGAGCAAGCGAAGCGCGAGUCCGAGAUGAAGCUGGAAGAUCAGACGCUGCAGAUGGAGCAGGUGAGGCGGGAGCUGGCCUCGAAGAAGGAGGAGCUGGCGCAGCUGCAGCACUCGCUGGACCACGCCAAGCAGGUCAGUUCUGACCUCGGCUGCCAGCUGGGAGCCCUCCAAGCUGAGAAGGAGACGCUGAGGAGAUCGGUCUCCGAGAAGGAGUGCGAACUGGUCUCUCUGAAGGGCACGGUCCAAGAGAAGGAGCUGCUGUUGAGCCAGGAAGUGGAGAAGGGGGCAAAGGAAGUCCAGGAGCUGCAGGGGCAGCUUGUGGAAAAGAAAAGUCAGGAGCGGACCCUGCAGCAGAAGCUCCUGGAGGACCAGCUGCGGAUGCUGCACGGGACGGUGCGGGAGGCCGAGAGCAUCAUCCAGGACGCCGUCGCGAAGCUGGAUGACCCCUUGCACAUCCGGUGCACCAGCUCGCCAGAUUAUCUCAUCAGCCGGGCACAGGCCGCUCUGGAGUCCGUGAACGCUGUGGAGAAUGGGCACAGGUGUUACCUGGCCAAUAUGGCAGACGCCACCGGCUUGGUCACCGCCCUGGCUCAGUUUGCCCACCUGACCGCGGACAGCAUCGUGAACGGCAGCGCGACGUCCCACCUCGCCCCCACGGACCACGCUGACAAACUGAUCGAAACUUGCAGGAACUGUGGGCAGCAGAGUCUGGACUACUUGAGCAAGCUAAAAGAUAAGCAGUCCCUCCGGCAAGCCGAUCCCGCCGACGUGAGGAAGACGCUGCAAGGGCUCCUUCAGCUGGGACAGGAACUGCGGCCCCGGAGCCUGGAUGUCCGGCAAGAGGAACUGGGCGACCUGGUCGACAAGGAGAUGGCCUCCACCUCAGCGGCGAUCGAGGACGCGGUCCGGAGGAUAGAGGAAAUGAUGGAUCAAGCCAGAAUCGAGAGCUCCGGUGUUAAACUCGAAGUAAAUGAAAGGAUCUUAAACUCCUGCACGGAGCUAAUGAAGGCAAUCCGACUGCUCGUGAUGACAUCCACGAAUCUGCAGAAGGAGAUUGUGGAAGGUGGAAGGGGGGCAGCAACGCCGCAGGAAUUCUAUGCCAAGAACUCGCGCUGGACCGAGGGGCUCAUCUCGGCUUCCAAGGCUGUCGGAUGGGGAGCCACCCAGCUGGUAGAGUCGGCCGACAGAGUGGUCCUGCAUACAGGCAAAUACGAGGAACUGAUCGUGUGUUCGCACGAGAUCGCAGCCAGCACAGCUCAGCUGGUGGCCGCCUCCAAGGUGAAAGCCGAGAAGAGCAGCAAGAACCUGAGCAAGCUCCAGGAGUGCUCGCGGGCCGUCAACGAGAAGGCUGCCAAUGUCGUGGCUUCCACAAAGUCAGGCCAGGAGCAAGUUGAGGACAGAGACACAAUGGACUUCUCUGGAAUGUCCCUGAUCAAGCUCAAGAAGGAAGAAAUGGAGUCACAGGUGAAGGUGCUCGAGCUGGAGAAGACGUUGGAGAAUGAAAGGCUCCGUCUGGGGGAGCUGAGAAGGCAACACUAUGCUUUGGCUGGCAUCUAUGACGAGAACUCUGACGUGGGGAGGUCGAGUGCCGUGCGGAAGCCACCAGGCAUUUUGAAGAAACCCCCCGUGGCGCAGAAACCAGGCUAUGGCUUCAAGCCCGAGCACGAGGCGGCACAGGAAGAUGGUGUUUACCAGGCCCAUGUUGUGAACUUCUAGGAUGUGGCCGAGAACGGACUGAGCAGAGUCGCAGCCGCAGGGCGAGGAAGCAGCUGCAAGAUCUCUGCUUCCCGGAGGGAUUCGGGCCGGUGCCUGCUGGUUUCUUGCUGUCAUGAUGCAACGUAGAUUUCUGGUGGAGGGCAAAGGCUUGGUAGGCACCCGUCCUGACUCUUCGAGGGAGGGGGCAGUUCAAGACAGCCACUAGACGUCUGGCAUUCUGAAACCAUUCAGACUGGGUCUGUGUUUGAAGCAGACGCUGACCGGGUGAAUCCUGGCUUGCCUUCUAUCUGACUUUGCCUUUAUUCUGAAACUUCUCUUGCCUGCCCUCGUAAGGCGCACAGACACUCUUGAAUUGUACACUUUUGCCUAAUCUUUACUACUAGAACAGGUCUUCAGACCAUGGUAGGAUGCCAGGUACCUACAAGGAAAUGGGAAAUCCCGAGUGGAAAGGGUAGGCUGCAUAAGAAACCUUAUCUCGCUGACAUUAUUUAUAAGCAAUAGGACUCUUCAUGGGAGUGGGCGUGUGUGUAAAUGCUGGUGUAUCUAUUACUGUACUACAGACACAUUUUUCAAGAAAUGUGAACCCCCCCCCGCCCCCCUUUUUUAAGUAGCCUGUUUGGAUUUCUCUUUGUAGUGUUUGUGCUGCAGGUGGAAAAUGGCAAACUCCCUCGGGGUGAAAUCUCUCACAAGGCUAAGGGCUUUUAGAUGUGUCAGUUUUACGUUGUGCAUUUAAAAGGAACAGAAUUUAUACACUAAAAAAAUACUGGUUUUUAAAAGCUUUUAAAUCCCUAUUUAGGAACAAAAUACCCAGGAGAGCUGCCCAAGUCAUUUCAGGAGUUAAAGCACCACUUUAGCCAUUUACUGGAAUCGGUGCAAGGAUGGGAACUAUUCUUAACAAACCCUAUGAUUUUAAGAGGACAAUUUAGCCUAUUAAAAUGAUUACCUAAAAUA